CAACGUGCGACCAGGAAAACCUGCCCUUCACCUAGCUCAUGCUGUCACCUCGAAAAUAAACAUAACAUCACCUAGGCUGUUAAGUACAGCCAGUGCAUUUAUUUAAUGGAUCGACAACCUUAAAACAGAAGCGAGCGGUGGAAAUAUAUCAUCCAAGCUUUAUUAACACAAUUCCCUCCACAGUCAAGUGGUGAUGGCAGCUCCAAACUCCGCCGAGAGGAAAGCCUGCUGGGAUGCCAGGGACUUAUUGUGGAAGUGUAUGGACGACAACAACGACAAAGCAACAGCCUGCCAGAACUUUCAAAGAGAAUUUGAGGCUAAAUGCCCAGCCCAGUGGGUCAAGUAUUUCACUAAAAGGAGAGACUUUCUGAAAUACAAGGAGAAGAUGCAAACAGAGGGGUUCACUCCUGCUGAAGGACCCCGCCAGCCCUCCUAACGAUAGGAAUCCUGACAAAUCUUCUUCUAUGGUUUUUAUUGGUGGAGGAAGGAUGAGUUAAGUCCAAAAGGGAAUGUUGGACUUGACCAGCAACAAAAUAAUUAAGAUGUUGGAUAAUAACAUGGACAGAAAAGAAUAUCUAAAAAAAAAAAAAAAAAACAGACUGGGGGAAAAUGUGACAGUCUAGAAGCAGUGCCGGGGGCUGUAAUGCCCCACAAAGGACGCCAACCACUGUUAAAACACAAGACAAAGAAGACUUUUAUUUUGUCAUGUUUGGGGCCUUAAGGACUUGGUUACAUUUCUCUUUUUUGAGUGGUGUGGUGUAUUUAUAUGUACAGAGCUAAACAUCACAUUUGGAAUGGAAAUGGGGUGUUUCAACAUCUUCAUCUGCUCAUGUUGUCCAGCUGGUGUGAAGUAACAAAUACAACAAUAAUGGAAGAGAUCCACAUUUAUAUUUCAUUGGAAAAAUGUGUACUAUCACUGUGGAUUUAUGUAAAGGAAAAUCCGUUGUGGCUACACGUGAUCAUGCAAUCUUUUUGAAAUAAAUAUAAAUAACAGA